CAUGUUUCCAGUCUUCCAGCUCAUUUGCUAGCUGCUCGUCUGCCACGCCCUCUGCAGGUAACGGAUGUAGGGAGGAAGUAGGGAAAGUGCUGUAAACAGUUUGCUGGCUUCAAACGUUUCCUUUUCCUUGCGUAAUGAGUGUGGGCUUCAUUGGAGCAGGCCAGCUGGCUCAUGCUCUGGUUCGAGGCUUCUCAGCUGCAGGCGUGAUCGCCUCCCAUAGAAUCACAGCCAGUUCUCCAGACACAGAGCUCCCCACGGUCCAGCAGCUGCGGAAACUGGGAGUAAACUUCACCACCAGCAACAAGGAGGCCGUGAACAAAAGCGAUGUCCUAUUUCUGGCCGUGAAGCCCCACAUCAUUCCUUUUGUCCUGGAUGAGAUUGGGCCAGAUAUCGAAGACCGUCACCUUAUCGUGUCCUGUGCUGCAGGUGUCACCAUCAGCUCCAUAGAAAAGAAGCUGCAGCAAUACCGCAUGUCUCCAAAGGUAAUGCGCUGCAUGACCAACACUCCUGUGGUGGUGCGUGAAGGGGCCACUGUCUACGCCACUGGCACACAUGCUGAGGUAGAGGAUGGAAAGCUACUGGAACAGCUGAUGGCGAGUGUUGGCUACUGCAUCGAGGUGGAGGAAGACCUAAUUGAUGCUGUCACAGGUCUGAGUGGCAGCGGUCCCGCUUAUGCAUUCUUGGCGGUCGAUGCCUUGGCUGAUGGUGGAGUGAAAAUGGGCCUACCCAGGAGGCUUGCUGUACGGCUUGGAGCUCAAGCUCUACUGGGUGCUGCUCGUAUGUUGCUGGAUUCAGAGCAGCAUCCUGGCCAGCUCAAAGACAAUGUCUGCUCACCAGGGGGCGCCACCAUCCACGCCCUUCAUGUCAUGGAGAGUGGCGGCUUCAGAAGCCUCCUUAUAAAUGCUGUUGAGGCCUCCUGUGUAAGGACUAGGGAGCUACAGUUUUUGGCCGACCAGGAGAAGAUCUCCCCAGCUGCUAUCAAGAAGACGACUCUUGAUAAGGUUCUGCAGCAGCCGGGGGUCACAUCAGGUGCUGUUGAGGUCAGGUCUCGUGGGAUCAGUUUUUUUAACACCACCACUCCACGGACCAAGAAGUGAUUUUAUACAGAGAAUAAAAAUAUUUGACAAAUGCAA